GGGUAAAAGAAAGUUCCACUGUGUCUCCCUCUUGUGUCCCCGAGUUGGGGGGACAGGGACAAUAGUCCUUUUACUAGUAGGGGAGCUGCCUCAGGCAGCUGUCCCAUUUCUCCACCCCUAGUCCAGUUGCUUAUAAGAUCCUUCCCCACCACAGGCAGCUGUCGAGGAACUGAGGCCACACUAAGGCUCCGGUGUCCUGUGCUCCAUGAGUCUCAAUCAGUUUCUCCCGGUUAGGUGAGGGUUCCCCUCCCAUCACCUCCAUUCCUCUCAAUCCUCUCAGCAGGCUUCAGGAUGAGCUUGGGAGGCGUGGCUGCCAGAGGAGGAGCAGCUGGGACUGAGUCAUGGCAGGAAGCUGAGGAGGGCGGGAGAUAACACCAGACAGCAGCGUAUAAAGGGAGACAGCAGGCCAGAAGUUUCCAACAGCAGUAGCAGUAACCAGAGGAACAGGCUUCCAGCAGACCGACCUUCAACUCCAGAUCUGCCUGAGACAACCCAGCUUGUGAGUGGCGGCGCCCAGUUCCUGCCCCAGGAUGGGGACCAUGUGCAGAGCAGCCUUGGCUUUUGCCUGCUUGUCUGUUGUCUUUGCCACUUCUGAGGAAGCCCUGAAGACUCCAGAGAAGGUGAGGCCAGAGCACCUUAUUCAGAGCCUUCGAGAAGUUGGCUAUGCAGCACCCCCUUCCCCACCCCGGAUCCGAGGCUUCUCCAUGAGUCAGCCUGACACCAUUGAGUAUUAUGACCUUCCCUUUGAGGAACAGCAUGAAGUGCAGGCCGCUCUCUCCCCGGAAGCCCUGGGCAUCCCUGUGGUCCCCGUGGCGCAGGAAGAGGUGGCUCCACCCCCGCUCCCCGUUGGAAGGCAAGCUGGUUCCUCCGUUGCUCAGGAAGAAAUUUCCCCCCAAGAAGAGCUGUCCCCUCCUGAACAGAAGGAAAAAAGGCCGGUUCCCACCCGGGGCCAGAACCCUCCUGCCGACGAUCCGUCGUGGAAUGCCGCCCAGCACUGCCCGCAGGGGCGCCCGCGCGGGGGCUGGAGCCACCGGCUGGACGGCUUUCCCCCCGGGCGGCCUUGCUCCGACAACCUGGAGCAGAUCUGCCUUCCUGACCGCCAGCACGUGGUCUACGGCCCCUGGAACCUGCCACAGACCGGCUUCUCCCACCUCAGUCGCCAGGGGGAGGCCCUCAACCUGCUGGAGACCGGCUACACCCGCUGCUGCCGCUGCCGCCACCACCUCCACCGCCUCGACUGUGCCAAGCUCGUGUGGGAGGACUCAAUGACCCGGUUCUGUGAGGCCGAGUUCUCGGUCAAGACGCGACCCCACGCGUGCUGCAGGCUGCAGGGGGAGGCGCGCUUCGCCUGCUUCCAGGAGGAAGCGCCCCGGCCCCACUACCACGCCCGGGUCUGCCCCAGCCCCCAGCCGGGGCUCUCCUCGGGGCCCGAGGUGCCGUUCCCCCCCGGCAUGCCCACCGUGGAUAAGCUCAGGAACAUCUGCUACCUGCGGCGCUUCCGCUCCGUGCCGAGCCGCCUGCUGCCGCCCGACGACGCGGUGCACCUGCAGCUGCGGGCGCUCGGCGCGCUGGAGGCCGAGCUGCUGCGCUGCUGCCGCCACCGCGGCGGCCGCAACCUCACCUGCGCGCGCCAGGCUUGGGAAGAUACCCUGGAUAAAUACUGUGAACAGGAGCAGGCCAUAAAGACCCAUCCCCACUCGUGUUGCCACUACCCUCCUAGCCCUGCCCGCGAUGAGUGUUUUGCCAGUCAGGCUCCCUACCCCAACUAUGACCGGGAUAUCUUGACCCUUGACCUCAGCCGAGUUACCCCCAACCUCAUGGGCCAUCUCUGUGGAAACCAAAGAGUUAUCAGCAAACACAAACACAUCCCUGGGCUGAUCCAGAACAUGACCUCCCGCUGCUGUGGCCUACCGUUUCCAGAACAGGCCUGCUGCGCCGAGGAAGAGAAAUUGGCCUUUGUUGAUGACCUCUGUGGUCCUCGACGGAACUUCUGGAACGAUCCUGCCCUUUGCUGUGACCUGGUUCCCGGAGAUGAACAGACCAACUGCUUCAACAUCAAUUAUUUGAGGAAUGUGGCUCUAGUGGCUGGAGACAUUGGGGGUGCCACGGGCCAGGGGGAACCGAGCCCAACUGAGGGAACAAAUAGCCCCACCCCUGAGUCCAAGGAAGAAUGAGUCACCUCAGAGCCUUGGAGGAUCAGAUGGGGGAACCCCACCCCACCCCACCCUCCCUGAACACUCAUUACAAUAAACACCUCUUGGAUUUGG